AUGUCCGACGAGCUUGACGGCUUCAAGGCGCGCGUCCGCCCGAAAGUGACCGGCCGCGGACAAGACUACCCGCUCGUCGACCCGCCAUCGCUGGAGGCCAGCGAGAUCGUGAAGGAGGGCUACACCACGGCCGCGAAGGAAUAUCAAGCGCUGCAACGGAGCAAGGGAUUGGCCGCUUGGUCACGCACGGCGCCCACGGAUCGCCUACGAGAGAUCAGGGAGCGCGAGCGUGAGGCCGUGCGCGCGAAAAUCCCGGAGUUCAAGUUCCCCGAGAAGAACAUGAAGCAGCCGGCCGCCCCGCCGCCACUCGAGGCAUCCCUUUGCGUCAUCCACCCGACGAAUAUACCGUACACCCACUCGUCAAAGACGCGUCCGCGCUCCACGGCCCACCUGGAGGAUUCGGAAGACCAACAGAAGCUGCUCGACAAAUUCUCUCAGCACCAGAUAACCUUCCAAGGAACCUUCGUCGGAUGGAACCGCGUCCUCAACGAUUGGCUGCUGCUGCGGAUGCACAAGGAAAUUGAGGACAAGUUCAACGACGACCCGGAGAAGCUCUAUGAGGCCAUCUACUACCACUUCCCGAACAAGCUGGAUCUCGGCGAAUUGAAGAAUCACAUCAUCUACCUCAAGAACAAGGAGAAUCCGAUCCCCGCCCUCCCGAGCGUUGGUGAGAAGCCGUCGCUAAUGAAGCUUUGCGGCGUUUGUAUGAUGCGUUACAACAUCUGGCACAACGCCUUCAAGCUGCUCGGCAUGAAGGCGCUCCAGCAUCAAGCCAUCGCCAAUGUCUGCAAUCAUCCGGGCCAGCCAUGUGCGAAGGGCUCGUGCAAGUGCCUGGAGGCCGGCUACUGCACCAAGUACUGCAACUGCGGCGGACCGGGCUGCCGCUACAAGUUCCCCGGCUGCCAGUGCACCGGCGCGUGCGAGGGAGCCGCUUGUGCCUGCUUCGUCUCCGAAUUCGAGUGCGACCCAUAUCUGUGCAAGAAUUGCUGCGUCGCCGAGCCCAUCCCCAAGAAGAAGUGCCGAAACGUGCAGCUGCAGCGCCGCUAUUGCGCGCGCGUCGAGGUGCGCCUCUCGAAGAUUCCGAACGCGGGCUGUGGUCUCUUCGUGCUCGACGCCGUCAAGCAGGGCCAACUCAUCUGCGAGUACGCUGGAGAGAUAACUGACGCGCUCGAGGCGGAGAUCCGCGGCAGCUUCUACGACACCGUCCGCCGCUCCUACCUAUAUUCGCUCGGCAAUGGCAAGGAUAUCGACCCGUUCUACAUUGGCACCCCGGUGCGCUACCCGAACCACAGCAAGACGAACCCGAAUUGCGCCUGGAAGAAAAUGAUGGUCGGCAUCGAUCUGAGGGCGGGCUUCUACGCGGUGCGCGACAUCGCGGCCGGCGAGGAGCUGUUCGUCGACUACGGCUACAACGAGCUGGCCAGCAAGCGCUUCGACGACCCCCCGCCGCAGACCAAGAAAAAGGGAGCCCCAUCCAAG